CACCACCACCACCACCAUCCCGCCCCCGCCAUGUCCUCCUUCUUCCGCUCCAUGGGGCGUGCCUCUCGGCCCAAGAAGUCGCCCACGCACCCCUCGCUGCCCUUCAGCUCCGGCUCCGGCUCCGGCUCGGGCUCCGACGCCGCGCUCGCCGCCUACGCCCCUGCCUCGCCCGGCAGUAGCACACCGGGAAAGGCCCUCUACAUGUGCAACCCCUUCAUACGCAGCGCACUCAUCAAGGGCAGCUUCAAGACCAUCGUCGCACUGCCGAAAUACGUAGACGAGCGCGAAUGGCUCGCCGUCAACUUGUUUGACUUUUUCAACAAUCUCAAUCAGUUCUACGGCGUCGUGACGGAGUUUUGCACGCUGCAGAACAACCCUACCAUGAGUGCUGGCGUUGGACUCGACUAUACAUGGAUCGACCAGAACCGCAAGCAGGUCAAGUUGCCGGCGCCGCAGUACAUCGACUACGUCAUGACGUGGGUCGGCGGCCUGCUGUCUGACGAGGCUACGUUUCCCACCAAGGCCUCACGCGAGUUUCCCCCAACGUUCUCCACCACCUCCAAGCACAUCUACAAGCAGCUGCUGCGCGUCUACGCCCACAUCUACCACGCCCAGUUUGCCGCGCUCGUGCAUCUCUGCUGCGAGGGCCACUUCAACAGUCUCUUUGCCCACUUCAUCGCGUUCGGCGCCGAGUUUGGCCUCUUCAGCUUCCGCGAGUUCAAGGGCCCACAGGGCGCGCCAUACCCGGGCGUGUGCGACUUGAUUGAGAAAUGGGUCGAGAUGGGAGUGCUGGGAGACGAGGUGCUGAGGUGAGAAACGGCAGCGUUUGAACGAAACGGUGCCGUCAAGGUACGGCAAGAGCUUCCCGUACGGCGCCCACUUCUCUUUCGGCCCACACGACCCCACAUCGAAC